AUGCAAAUAUUUAAUACAUAUUAUAAUCCAGAUAAUGGAUCUUUGCAUCCAUUAUGGCUUGGUAUAUUGAUAUUAUUCUUUAUCAUCAUUAUUCUUAGUAUAUUAUGUUGUCUACGAAUAAAAUGUGGUUUACUAUGGAACAAUUUAUUUAAUCAAUCAUUUAAGAAAAAGAAUGAUAAACACGAGAAUCAUUCAAAUGAUGACAAACAUGCAACACGUAGUUAUUCUUAUAAUUGGUCACCUAUUUUUACGCCGUUAGAAAAUGAAUCACCAAAACUUCAUCCAUUUAUUCGAAAUAUUCAUAUAGAUAAUUUUGAUAAACAGUCAUCUAUCAAACAACAACAACAUAAUAAUGAAGAUAAAGGUAAAAAUGAACUAUAUUCAACUAAUGAAUCUGAUCAUCAUCAUCAUCAUCAUCAUCAAAUAUCUAUACUACCAUCAAUUUAUAAUACUCGAAAUUCUGAAAUAGCUCGAAAAUUUUAUGCAAGUAUGCGUAAUAGUAGUCAACAUCUAAAUUCUCCAUCAUGUAAUAGUUUCCAUAGUGAUUCAUCAUUAUCAAGUAAUUAUCAAUCAUCGAUAUCAAUUCAUUCAAAUCAAUUAGAACCAGAAGCAAAUAUAAACUUAUUACGUACACCAUGUUUUUUUCAAUCAAUACCCUAUACAGAUGGAUUAGCGAUAAGUCUUUAA